AUGGUUAUCAUUGAAGCCGUACCGAAAGAUUGGACGGGAUUUACAGCGAUAUCUGCAACAACCGAACGGGGAUACCCGAUGGAUAGAAGUGGAAAUAUAUGGUGCGAGGGUUUCAGCAAGAACAAUGGUGGAUGGCCCGUGUAUCAUUUACUCGAUAAACAUCAAAGUUCCGAGAAAAUUAAUGACUCUCGAGAAACUAACAAAAUACCUAUUCAAACAUCUAAAUCAACUGUCAACUUGGAUAAUGCUCUUGGAGGGAAAUCCUAUAGUGAAGAAGAUUUCGUUUGGAGCAUCAACGAUAGGUUCCACGACAACCAAACAAAAGAUAGUGGGAAUUCGACAGAAGUUCGACUCGGAGAACCAGCACAUUCUUCCAUGGGACGCGAAUGGGAAUCCGUUGAUGAAAAUAGAACCCCGGGAUUACGGCAACUGUGCCGAAACCAACACGUGGCUUCAGUUAUCCCUGUGGAGGAAAGACCUUCCAAUAAGGAUGCGUACAAUUUCAACAGAAACACAACAAUUGAAGUUGCCAUACAAGAAUUGUCAGCUGACGAUGGAACACAAUGCGAAGAAGAUUUGCUCAUGCUUCUUAACUUGUUGAAAAAUAAAUAUCCAUUUUGUGAUGAGACGAACAAAAAUCUUCUGUAUGAUUAUGAAUUCGAGAAUCUUUGCUACAUUGAAGAGUAUACUCAUGAAUUGAUAUCAGUGAAAAAAGUUAAAGAUGAAGUUGAUAAGUGUUAUGAAGAGGGUAAAAAAACUGCAAUUGUGGUAACUGAUGAGCUAUGA